CAUGAAUUCUUUUCCUCGUUCAUUCCUUGACUGCGACCACCAAAGGACUUCUCAAGUCAAUGAUGAACACGGCUCCUGUGGUUCUCUUGCGGCGACCAUUACUCCAGCGAGGAGACGCAAUUUGUUCACAAUGCUUGCAUAAGCUCGCUCGUCCAUUCUAUCUAUCUCAGCAACGAAGACUAUCGAACACAACUCCCUCCAAAGCCUCUGCGGUGAGCUCAAAGUCGAUUCGCAGCACUUUUUCUAAAGAAUACUUCUGGCCAAAUAAAAUACUAGAAGAAGUGCUAGGACAGCCUAGAAGAGGUUUACAACAAAAAGCAGUGGGGGGACAAGAGGUCAUCGCAAGAGACGGAGUAACCACAUCACUGAAUCUGGAGGAUGUUCGACCUCAAGAGAGCCUGUCAAACCAAUCCGUACAGCAAGAUGAAUAUCCACAUCGUCGGCGAAAGCGCUUGAAGGAAGAUGCUGCCUCUGCUGCGACAGCCAUAACACCAAGCUAUCCUAUCGCGCCCGAUGCUUCAUCACGACUGACAACAGCCUCUGCUGCACUCCCUUCAAACUCUCUCAAACGACGCAUCGCAACUUAUCUUUCACUCUCCAAACCACGCCUCACGAUCCUGGUAAUGCUCACCACGACCUCCGCAUACGGCAUAUUCCCUGUUCCCGCCCUUCUCUCCGUCGCAGCAACCACCACGCCCUCUCUUUCCACCCUUACACUCCUCUUUCUUACGUCCGGAACCAUUCUCGCCAGCGCUUCCGCCAACACCCUCAAUAUGCUCUUCGAGCCCGCCCAUGACGCCAAGAUGUCCCGCACCCGCAAUCGCCCUCUCGUGCGAAAGCUCGUCUCGCCUCGCGGCGCCUUCAUAUUCGCUCUCGUCACGGGUACGUUAGGUACUGCAGCAUUAUACUAUGGUGUCAAUCCCACGGUCGCGUUUCUUGGUGCACUGAACAUCGCGCUGUAUGCAGGUGUAUAUACGCCGUUCAAGCGCAUUCAUGUGGUUAAUACAUGGGUCGGGGCGCUUGUGGGUGGCAUUCCGCCACUGAUGGGCUGGGCUGCGGCAGCUGGCCAGUGCGCAACUGAAGAUGGUGGAUGGCAAGAGCUGCUCUUCGGCGAGAAUAGUGCAGGUGGUUGGCUAUUAGCGGGCUUGCUAUACUGCUGGCAGUUUCCACAUUUCAAUUCGCUAAGCUGGACGAUUCGCGAAGAGUACAGAAAUGCCGGGUAUAAGAUGCUGGCGUGGGUCAACCCGGCGAUGAAUGCAAGAGUGGCGCUGCGAUAUUCUGUCCUUAUGUUUCCAAUCUGCGUUGGGCUCUGUGUCGUAGGUGUAACAGAUUGGAGCUUCGCGAUAACGAGUACGGCAAUUAAUGGGUGGAUGUUCUAUGAGGCUGUGCGGUUUUGGAAGUUCGAGGGGCAGAAAGGGAGCGCCAGGGGUUUGUUUUGGGCCAGUGUAUGGCAUUUGCCUAUUGUGCUUGUACUGGCCAUGGUGCAGAAGCAGGGGCUACUACAACGUAUUUUAGAUGCUCUCACUGGCAGAAGUUCUAUCGAAGACGAAGAAGACUUCGACUAUGCUGACGAGGAAGAUCUGGAGAUAGACACAACAACGCAAGUAGAGACAAAGGCUUCAUAGCAGGACUCAGUAUAUAUUAGGAUGGCAUUAUAGGCGUCGAGAAAACCAUAAAGGCGGCGUCAUGUGAACACAUUUUGGUACUGUAUUGUACAUAUAAUAUUCUUUUGUAUAAAAGCUCUU